AUGCAAAGUCUAUGGUCCCGCGUUGCUCCGACGCAGUCGACCUGUCGAUGCGUUCCCUGCCUCAGUACCAGCGCACCCGGAAUAACAUCCCGAGCAGCAACCGCAGCAAGCAAAAGACGCCUUCGCAUAGGGAAUUCGGUCACGGCGCUGUACACCAGUAUCUUUGCUGCCGCAGCUUUGGCAGAUGCUCGGGCGAAGGACAAGCGCCGACAUGAGUGGGCCGAGAAGAUCGCAGCCGUGAAGGAGGAGGUGAACGAAUUGGUGGAUGAAGAACAUCGACUACUAGAGGCCAUUCAGGCUCGGAGGUCGCGUACCCUGUCACACAGAACCUUACAAAAACGAUCAUUUACGACCUGGAGAUCGAUACCAACGCCGAGAAGCGACCAAUGGCUCCAAAGGAAUUCUCCCCGUCGUUUGGUCCAUGCAGCACGAGGUGCUGAUCUUGAGGACGACGAGGAAAUAGUCGAGUUGGAGGGAGGAAAACUUCAGGAAAUUGUUGAGGACGAAGGAGAUCUUGAUGACGACAGAACAGAGCUGCAAGAUGGUUUCUUCCCUGAAGAUAUGGAAGUUCCGAAGUGGCUGUCGGACAAUACAAUUCGACAGAAGGCCAUCCGGAGACUUGCAGUGAAGCAACUAGCUAUACGACUUUUGCUUCGCGAGUCAAUCGCCCACAGUUACUCGGGUAUUGCGAUGGACCACAAGGCCGACUUUGAGAUGCCCCAACUUAAUUUCGCAGAGUUGUUGUCUGAACUGAACAAACUUCGACGCAGGAUUCGCCUUCUGAAAGUCACUGAAGGUGCAUACUAUGAUGAUCUGGCACAUGAUCUCCGCGUACGGUCGAUUACGGAGCUGCAAAUGGAGCGUACAAGACUCGAUGAUGAAGCAGCUCGAGAUGUCUCGUUGUUUCUCAGAAACAAAAUGUCGCUACAGGAAUUAAAUCUGCGAUUAGCGAACAAUCUACUUCAAUCCUUGGAUCCUGACCGACCGUAUUUCAUGAAGCUGAUGAUAUUAGCUUUCACCAGGUCCAUGCAAAACGAUCUUACGGACCUGGUGCUCAAGACGGUGUUGCCGCACAAGUUUCCAUUGAACUCCUCUCUCAUCAUUUCAAUUUUGACCUAUUACAAGAAAUCCAAAAACCUCAAAGCGUUUGAUUCGUUCCUGAAAGUGCUUCGGGGUGAAGGCUACCCGGUGGAUCUGGGCAAAUUGGGUUUUUACAAAAAGAUGGUCGUCAAUGACGUGGAAAUAACUGUUCCCCCUGUGGCCAGUGCUAAUCCUGUCAUUUAUACGACGUUGAUCACAGCAGCUUUGCGCUUCCAUCAACCGGAUCGAGCUGAUGCCUGGCUUCAAGCCGCGAGGAAACACGGCUUCACAGACGAUUUCUCGACCCUGUACGCCUAUCUGAAGUAUUAUGCCAGAAGGGAAGACUGGCAAAACGGGUUGUAUACACUCCGGAGAUCGCUUGCCUUCCUAACUGGUUCAACGCUACACUCCGAUCAGCACAUCGAGAGACUGAUUGUGCACAUGGUGCAGCUUUGUGACUGGUGUGGAAAAUGGGACCUAGGCGAUGCCAUGAUCUCAGCCGCAAUUGACAGUGGCUUUGAUUGGAGUUCCGCGACGACAAAUCAACUUGACAUCCAAUUUGCCCGAGAUCCUCGCCUCCAUUAUUGGCAGAAGAGGGUCGACCAAACGACAAUAGACAAACGAAGUAGGCCUGCAUGGGAAAAGUCUUUUGCCUUUGCCAAGCUAUUUAGGGAGCAAUUAGAUGAUCUCGUUGUAUCCGAGGAACAGAAUCCCGCCGCCCACUGGCAGAGGAUGGUUGCCCUGCAUUCUCGGGAAGUGUUGUCAGCUAUGUCUGGCCCUCUCCACAAACUCAAAGACGCAAAACCGACCGAGCCGGCUCCCGAGCCGAUCCUCAAUUCUGACAAAUCCGACUUCGUUGAGCAUGUCGGUUCCGACCCUAUUGAAGAACACGAAAUAUCCGCUGAGAAGACGCCGCGGGAGGAAAUCGACCUUCUGAAAUCGGAGGUGCAGCAAUUGAAGCAAAUGAUUUCGCAACUACGUCCCAGGCCAGGCUCCUCCUGGCGGAAGAAACGUGUGGAUGUCUCAACUGUGGCUUCCACUGGCGACGGCAUAGACCCUCCAGAGGGAAAAGAAUACAGCCUACAGAGCGCCACGGUUCACUGA